AUGAGGCGCCUCCAGCUCCUGGCCGCCGUCUUCCUGCUCGCGUUCACGCCGAUGGCGGCGGCCAAGCCGCAGCUGAGGCCGGACUACUACGCCGGCGUCUGCCCGAACCUCGAGAGCAUUGUCCGCGGCGCCGUGCAGCAGUCCGUGGCGCUCUCGCCGCUCUCCGCCCCGGCCACGCUCCGCCUCUUCUUCCACGACUGCGCCGUCCGGGGCUGCGACGCGUCGGUGAUGCUGAUCAACCCUGCCGGCGACGACGAGUGGCGGAGCCUCGACGGCAUGACGCUGAAGCUGGAGGGCUUCAGCACGGUGAUGAACGCCAAGGCGGCGGUGGACAGCGACCCGCAGUGCCGGAACAGGGUGUCCUGCGCCGACAUCCUCGCCCUCGCCGCCAGGGAUUCCGUGUUCCUGAGCGGAGGGCCAGACUACACGGUGGAGCUGGGCAGGUUCGACGGCAGGGUGUCGACUUGCGGCAGCGUCGUGGUUCCCCAUGGCUCGUUCGACCUCGACCAGCUCAACGCCUUCUUCUCCGGCCUCGGCCUCAACCAGACCGACAUGAUCGCGCUCUCAGGGGGUCACACGAUCGGCGCGGCGUCGUGCGGCUUCUUCGCGUACCGGGUGGGCGAGGAUCCGGCCAUGGACCCGGGGCUCGCGCAGGAGCUCCUCGGCCGCUGCCCCGGGGACGGGCCGGCGGCAGGGUUCGCGUUCCUGGACAGCACGACGCCGCUGCGGUUCGACAACGAGUACUACCGGAACCUGCGCGGCGGGAUGGGGGUCCUGGCCUCCGACCAGGUGCUGUACGCCGACCCGAGGUCCCGCGGCGACGUCGAGCGCUACGCGGCGGACCAGGACGCCUUCUUCGGCGACUUCGCCGCCGCCAUGACAAGGCUCGGCAGGGUCGGGGUCCGCACGGCGGCCGACGGCGAGAUACGCUGCGACUGCAGGUUCCCCAACUGA